AGACUUUUAGACGAAAACAACAACACGUGGAAAACAUCUUGCUUAAAAUUCUUAAAAUAAGGAUAAAAGGAAAGUAUGGGCAAGGCAAAGAAAUCCAACAUGACUAAAAUGAAAAAUGCUCCUCUGGAGCAACAGUUGCUGGAAGGAAAAGUGGUUAAAAAGAAGGAUAGGAAGAAAGUGAGCCUAAGAGCUGAAGAAUCGUCGGUAUUGGAUAGCAAAACAAGUAAGAAAAUUUUGGCAGCUGCUAAGCAGCAACAACUGGAAUUCAACGAAGAAAACUUCCCAAGUCUCACACCCAAGAAGUCUGUGGAUUUUAAUUUGGGAGAUAUUAACGAGGAAGAUGAACAUGUAGAUGUUAAUGAGAAUGACUUUAUGGAUGAUCUUGAAAUAGAUGAUGCGGAUGCCAAAGCCUUUGAACGUUUCCAAAAUCCGGAGGGCGGAAAACGGACUUUGAAAUUAGCAGAAAUUAUUUUGGGGAAAAUUCAGGAGAAACAAGCCGAUAUCCAAACAAAAUUGACUGACGAAGGUUCACUAAAAAUCGAAGAUCUUGACCCACGCGUUAAGGAAAUGUAUGAAGGAGUUCGGGAUGUUAUGAAACGAUAUCGCAGUGGCAAAGUGCCAAAAGCGUUCAAAAUUAUACCCAAGCUAAGAAAUUGGGAACAAAUACUGUUCGUAACAGAGCCCCACAAUUGGAGUGCUGCCGCAAUGUUUCAGGGAGCAAGAAUUUUCUCGUCUGUACUAUCUCAAGCUAUGGCCCAGAGAUUUUAUAAUUUGGUUCUAUUGCCUAGAGUACGUGAUGAUUUGGCUGAAUACAAAAAAUUAAAUAUGCACUUGUACAAUGCCUUGAAAAGAGCCUUGUUUAAGCCGGCAGCUUUUAUGAAGGGUAUAAUUUUACCACUUCUUGAAUCUGGAGACUGUACUCUUCGUGAGGCUAUUAUUUUCGGUAGUAUCAUAGCACGAAACUCAAUACCUGUAUUGCACUCAUCGGCAUGCUUGUUAAAAAUAUGCGAAAUGGGAUAUACAGGUGCCAAUUCGAUAUUUAUACGCUAUUUCUUAGACAAACGUUAUGCAUUGCCUUAUCGUGUGGUAGAUGCGGCUGUUUUUCAUUUCUUAAGAUUUGAAAACGAUAAACGUGAUAUGCCAGUUUUGUGGCACCAAAGUCUGUUGACUUUUGUUCAACGUUAUAAGAAUGAUAUCUCUUCGGAACAGAAAGAAGCUUUGCUAGGGCUCUUAAGGAAACAGAACCAUCCGAAAUUGACGCCUGAGAUUCGUAGAGAAUUACAAGCAGCCACUUGUCGUGACGUAGAAAUGAUGGAUAAUGAUGACCGAGUGGAGGCGGAGCCCAUGGAAAUGUACACGGAUCACGAUGUAGAAUAUGAACAAGAAUGAAGUUGCAUACCGCUGAAAUGAGUAUAAAUUAAUUAGGAUAAUAUUUGUUUUGAUAUAACAAGUCGAUGAAUACUGUGUAAAUAAUAAAAAAAAACUACACCAAGAAAAGGAAAAAAGUCAUAACCGAAAUAAAAGACUUUUUUAUAUUUA